AUGGCAUCCAAGGCAGCAUUCAAACGUUUGACAAAGGAGUACGUAGCGAUGCAGAGAGAGCCUCCUCCAUUCGUCUGGGCGGCCCCAGACGAGAAGAACAUCCUCCACUGGAACUAUAUCAUCCGAGGUCCUCCAGACAGUCCAUAUGCCGGCGGCGAGUUCUAUGGCGUCGUGCUGUUCCCAUCUGAAUACCCCUUCAAACCACCUGGGAUCAAGAUGCUCACGCCUUCUGGUCGCUUCCAGCCAGACAAGAAGAUCUGUUUCUCAAUGUCAGAUUUCCAUCCCGGCUCAUGGAAUCCAGCAUGGAGUGUGGCUACCAUAUUGACGGGUUUGCUCUCGUUCAUGCUGGCAGACGAGAUGACGACUGGCUCUAUCACAACUUCUGAUUCAGAUAAACGCGCGUACGCUGCACGAUCACAUGCUUGGAAUAUUCAAAACAAGAAGUUCAGAGAGGCAUUCCCGGAUUACAGCGGACCUCUCAUGAAAGAUCUGCCAAAUAUGGCACAGAAGGAGCUUGGUGCACAGAAGAGUGCGCCUGUUCUCUCGCCCGUCUCAUCGACGACGAGUGUUUCAAGCGCUGCUUCUAGUCCUAUUACCCCUUUAUCAGCGAAUUCAUCCGGUCCAAUGAUCCCGAAUGGAACUGCCCAAGCCGGUACUGCCUCUAGUCAAGCAAUUGUACCAAAAGCCAAAGAAAGCACACAAAAGGGACGUGGUGCAUUCAAUUGGGGCCAGCUAAUGUGGCAGAAGUGGUAUUGGGGGAUAUUCUUUGCAGUGGCGUGGGCGGUGUCCAGUCGGUUGACCGGAAGCCCUUAG